AGAACUUCCCCCCCGUUUCCUGCCAGAAACUACACACGAGGCACACCCGGUCCGGUUUUACCGGACACAACCACCAUGACUUCGAGAUUAGACCGUCUACUGCUACUACUGGAUACUGGCUCCUCUACCUCUGUUCGAACUACUGCUGCCAAACAGCUAGCUCAAUUAGCAGCAAAGAGCGUAAUCAGCGAUGUUUCAAUCGUUGAAGAAGAUGUCAAGGUACAUCGCCACCGCACCGAUGUGUGCGACUCGUCGAAUUGGUCAGAACUUAUGGCCGUAGUCGCUAGAAUCUUACCUUACUUGCACUCCAAGUCUCACGACACGCGUACCGCCGCGUCCGUCGCUUUGUCACAGAUAUUCACACUUGUUCCCCUAUGGGCACCAUCCACCGAUUACGAGGACAAGACACCCGGAGCCGCCCAAUCACUUCCCGCCCCGGAAUUCCCCACAUUCUCUGUGCGGGAGCUCAUGGAGAAGGGCACUUUGCUACUUUCCUCGACAGGAUUCGAGUUUACCAGACCAUCCCGCAUCCUUGCGAAUUCUACGGAAGUCAAGAAGGCGCGUAAAGAGGCUAUGGGCCGUCUUGGGCUUGAUUUCCUCGAAAGUGUUGGCGGUGCUGAUGAUAUGGACAUCGACAAAGACCUUGUGGCCGACCAGGAUGGGGAUAUUGAAAUGGAGGAUGGCGUGAAAACCGAGAACGGUGUUAAGGUUGAGGAGGACGUCAAGCCUAUAUCUCCUAUCGAAGGUGCCAAAAUGAAAGACUCCCCAGCGCCUGGACCUUCGAAGUCGCCCACUCCCGCCGCCCCUUCACCAGUCCCUGAGUUGCCAGAGGACACCAAUGCUCUAUCAGCGCGUGAGCGUAAUCGUCUUAAGCGCAAGCGCAAAGGGGGCCAUGCUGCCUUCGUUCCUGCCCCCGCCCCUCCUCAAAGCACCAACGUGAAAUAUGCCACAAUGCCAUCUGGACCUUCAAACAAGGCACGCCUAAUUGCUACUGAUCAAGCAGAUGGCGGAAAGCGCUCGGACAGCCCAAAGUCCCCUCUGGAAAGUCCAACUGAAAAGGUCGUCGUCGACCCAUCGAAGGGCGGCGCAGUCUCACCGAAAGCGGAGAAACAGACAAAAGCACUUGAAGUACAGCCAGGACAUUGGGUUUGGGAUGGGCUCGCGAAGAUUCUCGAAGUUGACUUGUUCAGUCCCGCCUGGGAAGUAAGACACGGAGCCGCCAUGGCUCUAAGGGAAUUGCUUAAACACCAAGGGAAAUUCGGUGGAAUGCAAGUCAGUCUACCUUGGGAGGAGAACGAAAUAGCACAUGAGAAAUGGUGCAAUGAUUUUGCCGUCAAGUUCCUUUGCAUCUUUGUAUUGGAUAGAUUUGGCGACUUCGUGUCUGAUCAGGUCGUCGCACCUGUUCGAGAGACAGUGUCGCAGACCCUCGCCUCUCUACUCCUCCACAUGCCCAGGCGAUCCGUCUUACACGUACAUUCUAUCCUCCUAGAGAUGAUUCGACAGGACUUCCCACCUCCCGUGAAGAAAGAAGUCCCAACAACGAUAGGGCGCAAACCCGAAGUGGGACAUGUCUGGGAAGUCAGACACGCUGGACUUCUAGGAAUCAAAUAUGAAGUCGCUGUGAGAAAGGAUUUGGUAGAGACUCCUGCUGCGGACGCAUCCGAUCGGACAGUGCAAGAAGGUCAGGAGGUACUGCGAGGGAUAGUGGAUGCGGCUGUAUUAGGUCUCGGAGACAGUGACGAUGACGUCCGAUCCGUCGCUGCGACAUGUAUACUUCCUGUUGCAGCUCAUCUGGUCGGGCAGGUGCCGGAAGUAUUACCCCGGGUAUUGGCCGUACUUUGGAACUGCCUGAGAAAUAUGAAGGAUGACCUGAGCUCGAGUGUUGGUGCAGUGAUGGACUUGCUAGGGAAGUUGGUCAUGUAUGAUCAAGUCAUCCAUAUUAUUGCGGACGAAACUCAAUCUCAAGCGCUCUCAGUACUUGCACCUACGUUGUUCCCCUUCUUCCGUCACACCAUUCCAGGCGUUCGUCUUGCUGUCGUGAAGACAUUACACUCAUUCAUGACCGUCCCAUCGCUUCCCAGGGAUUGGAUAUCCGAACCAUUUCUCCGUCUACUUUUUCAGAACCUUAUUGUGGAAGAACGCUCAGAUAUCCGAGAUGCCACUUUGUCGACUUGGCAGAUGGUUCUCUCUAUCCUCCGUUCCGUAGAGGCUUGGACGGAGUCGGUCUUGACCCAACAGCUGCUGCUGGAGUGGUAUGCAGUCUUGAUGACACCGUCGGGUAUGCCUAUAGAUAUAUCAACAUUCUACGAUCCGAUUGCCGUUGCAAACGGAAUGGAUUCUACCACGGAAAGGCACAAUGUGGACAAAAACAUGAUUGCGCAAGACUUGUCGCUUAUCUCAAUCGAGGUCGUUCUUCAAGCACGGGUGGCCGCUUCGAAGUCAUUGGCCGCCAUAAUCACAUUCUGGCCUCAGACUGGACAAGCAUUGGAAGAUAUGUUCAGGCCCAUCCUGAUUCACUACAUCGAUUCCACUAGUAUGCUCCAAAAGUUCCUUGCCGCUAUCAUUUCCGAAGAAUGGGCACAAGGUUACGACGCACGCGUGCCAUUAGGAAGUCCACUACUCAUCGACAUCUCUCCGUUGGCCAAAGACAUCAGCGACCGAAUCUUGGUUUUCCUUCAAGCUGAUCCUCCAGCGGCUUAUCAUGAGAUGGCAUACACGCUCGCUCGGAUUCACGGCGAGUGCUACAACCUUCUGCAGUCGUUCGUGUACGAAUGCAAGAUCCCUCAAGCGUCGAUACCAGCUUUGGGUACCGAGAUUGACGUCACAGGUACUCGACCUGGUUGCUUCACCAUUUCUACUGCGCAAGCUGCUGUGGGUCAAAUGUUCGAUAAGCUGAAGGACAGUCUUGGGAGGACGAAGAAACGAGAAUUGACUAUUAUCAAAGAGAAGCGCGCGAAGGUCGCUUUGAGCAUCGAACGCUACAUCGAGGUGAAAGUCCAGUACGAUAUUCGGGUUUCCGCCGCUUUUGCGGCUGCCUACGUUGCGUUGAAGGCUACACCUGAUAAGGUUAGCCCAAUAGUGAAGGGCAUCAUGAAUGGUAUCAAGAGCGAGGAGGAUACACACCUUCAGACUCGUUCGGCCGUUGCUGUAGCUGCCUUUGUGGAAUUCUGCGUCGACCGUCAUCUUGUUCAGCCACCGGACAAGAUUGUGAAGAAUUUGUGCACGUUCAUUUGCCAAGAUGUCGAGCAAACUCCUACUUUCGCUUUCUCAAGGAAACACCAGAGUGGUAUUCUGUCCUUCUCAAAGUCGCAAGCUUUCAUCAACGGCAAGGACGUUGGCGCGUCUGCUAGUGCUGAUGAUAUUGCAAAGGCCAAGUUGUCUCGUCGAGGUGCUGGUUUCGCCUUCAUCGAGUUGUCUCAUAAAUUCGGCCCUCGGAUGCUCGAGGUUGUGCCGAAGAUGUGGCAAUCGAUGGCUGGUGGUCUAUUGACUGCUUGUGCGGGUGAAUCCCCUACUAAGAUGGACGGCCUGAUCGAGAAGCAGUCUGGUCAGGAUAUCAUCGACUCUCUCAGCGUACUCGAGGCGGUCGUACCCACUUUCCAUCAAGACCUAUGGCCCAAGUUCCGGGAGCUCUUCCCCAUGAUCUCACUUGCACUGCGCAGUCGAUUUGCGAUCAUUCGCCAAUGUUCCGCACGCUGCUUUGCUGCGAUGUGCGACGUGAUCACUUUGGACGCGAUGAACUUCGUUAUCGAAGUCGUGGUGCCCUUCUUGGGCGACACGUCGAAUUUGCCGAACCGACAGGGAGCAACCGAGUUGAUAUAUCAUAUCGUGCAGAAACUGGAUAUCAAGGCUCUCCCAUAUGUGAUCUUCAUGAUCGUCCCUGUACUAGGGAGGAUGAGUGAUCCCGAUGAUGACAUCCGGUCUACAGCGACUAAUACCUUCGCAUCGCUGGUGAAGAUGGUUCCGUUGGAAGCCGGACUACCCAACCCACCUGGCUUCUCUGAAGACCUUCUAAGGCGACGUGAUGAAGAACGGCAGUUUCUGACGCAAUUGCUCGACGGAAGCAAGGUACAGGAGUAUCACAUACCGGUCCUCAUCAAAGCGGAACUACGAAAAUAUCAGCAAGAAGGUGUUAAUUGGCUUGCAUUCUUGGCCAAAUAUCAGCUUCAUGGUAUUUUAUGUGACGACAUGGGAUUGGGUAAGACUUUGCAAUCAAUCUGCAUCUUGGCAAGCAAGCAUUUCGAGCGUGCUGAGAGGCAUAAGCAAACGAAGUCGCCGGAUUCCGUUCACCUACCAUCGCUCAUCGUCUGUCCACCUACGCUCACUGGCCAUUGGUACUACGAGAUCUUGAAAUACACUGAAAAUCUGCGUCCGAUGCUCUACACAGGUAAUUCCAGAGAGCGAUGCCGUUUGCUGCCAAAGUUCAAAUCGCACGACGUCGUCAUCACGUCAUACGAGGUAGUACGUAACGAUAUUAACAGCCUUCAAGAUCUCAAUUGGCAUUACUGCAUCCUUGACGAAGGCCAUAUCAUCAAGAAUGCCAAGACCAAGCUAACGAAAGCAGUAAAAAGCAUACGUGCAAACCAUCGCCUGAUUCUGUCAGGAACACCCAUCCAGAACAAUGUCCUAGAGUUAUGGAGCUUGUUCGAUUUCCUCAUGCCGGGCUUCCUCGGUACUGAAUCGACAUUCAACGAGCGGUUCAGCAAACCUAUUCUCUCGAAUCGCGAUGGUAGAGCGAAGACGGGUGAAGCUGCUGCACUUGCCUUGGAGGCUCUACAUAAACAGGUCUUGCCUUUCUUGCUCCGUCGUUUGAAGGAAGACGUGCUUCAAGACUUGCCACCGAAGAUCAUUCAAGACUACUACUGCGAGCUGUCAGAGGUGCAGAAGUACAUGUAUGAUGACUUCUCGAAGUCACGGGCUCGAGUGGAAGCAGAGGAUGUUGUUCGUUCCGACAGCGAGGGAAAGUCACCGGCUCAUCAGCAUGUCUUCCAAUCGCUUCAAUAUCUCCGAAAGCUCUGCAAUCAUCCAGCCCUAGUACUCAAAGAUGAUAGGCAAGCUGCCAAAGAGGCCUUCGCCAAUGCUGGCCUCAAGCCUGACUCUGAUCUGAGUGACAUCCAUCACGCCCCUAAGCUGCUGGCUCUUCGGCAACUUCUCCUUGACUGCGGACUUGGUACCUCUCCUUCAGAGAUCACUUCAAAGAGCGACUUCGCCGAUGAGACCACGUCCAGUGGAGCGUUCUCCCAACACCGAGUGUUGAUCUUCUGUCAGAUGAAGCAAAUGAUCGACAUCAUCGAAACAGAUCUCUUCAAGCAGCAUAUGCCUUCGAUCACAUAUAUGCGACUGGACGGCGCGACAGAUGCAAAUAAGCGGCAUGCUAUUGUGCAAACGUUCAACUCAGAUCCUAGCAUCGAUUGUUUGCUCCUCACGACUCAUGUCGGCGGUCUGGGCUUGACCUUGACAGGAGCAGAUACAGUGAUUUUCGUUGAACACGACUGGAAUCCGAUGAAAGAUCUCCAGGCAAUGGAUCGUGCCCAUCGUAUUGGUCAGAAGAAGGUUGUGAACGUCUAUCGACUCAUAACCAAAGGCACGUUAGAGGAGAAGAUCAUGGGCCUGCAACGAUUCAAGCUGAACAUCGCGAGCUCGGUUGUCACUCAACAGAACACAGGGUUAGCUUCGAUGGACACUGAUCUUGUCUUAGACCUCUUCAGGAGGACCAGCGAAGAAGAGGAUGCUGCAGCUGAAAAGAAGAAAGCAGAAAAGAAGGCUGGUCCUAUAAGCCAGAAGAACGUUCUCAGCGGUUUGGAAGAUUUGCCUCCAGAAGACGAAUACUCCGCUCUCGAGUUAUCGAACUUUAUGGGCUCACUCUCAACUUGAUUCCUGCAAACACAUCCUAUCAUUGACUUAUGUUUAUUUCAUUCUCCUCGCACUUCGGACGAUAUCCUAGAAGCACGAAUAUCAGACUGUACAUUGUAGCUGUAACGAUACACCAUUCCUGUACUACUCGCAAUAUAAUAGUCCGGUUAAUACUUACUCGUCGCUGC